UUACUAUUCUAAAAUCGAACAACAACAACAAAAAAAAAUUAGUCAACAUCAACCAACAUAAAUACGACAGAAAUAUUUUACAAUUAUCAACAUUUAUUGAAAAACAUAAUUGUCAACAAAUCGGUGAUCGACCUACAAGUGUAUAAUUUGUUGAUUAUUUUCAUCGAAAUGUGAUGUGAUUUCUGAUGAUUAAAAAUCUCACUUGUUGAUUUAUUUACAUAGCCACUACAAUAUAUCAUUACGCUCCUGAUAAAAGAACAGUUACAUUUCGAUUCGGUGUUGUCUGUCAAUCAAUCAAUUUUUCUGUUUUCAUCAUGAUCAUGAAUCGUUUCGAAAGAAUAAUGAGCGAAUUGUGGAUUCAAUGUUUUACUUGUGGUAUAGUUGCCAAUAAUCGACCACAAACAACGCGACGACGAAUUGAUCGUUCGAUGAUUGGAAAUCCCACCAAUUUCCGGCAUACGGCUCAUGUUGGCGGCUCUGGUGACAUGUCCAAUCAUAUUCGAACAAUACAAAAUCAAAUGGCUUCCAAAGGUGGCUAUGAUUAUGCAAUGCCUGUCAAAGUAUCGAUACCAGUUGUUGAUGUCAAAAAUUGAUGACAUCAUAUAUACACAUGAUGUCUCAUCAAUCAUUAUCAGUGAUCGAUUAUAAUUUGUUAAUUAAGAAACUUUUAAUUCGUGACACAUCGAAAUCGAAUGUGUUCGAUUUCGUUUUUGCAAUAUAUUUUUUUUGUUGUUGCUGUUGAUCUCUUUACGGUUAUCAUCUUCUCAUCAUUUGACAAUGUGUGUAAAUUUAUUUUCUUUUGACCCAAACAACCAAAUGUUCCAAUUUAUGAUUUCGUGUGUGGGAAUAAUAAUUUAUAUUCAUUAAUUCA